AUGAACAGAAGAGGGGGUCAAAAGUCAACCCCUGUGCAAAGACACAGCGGAAAGAGUGAUUGUAUCAACCAGCAAGGAUCAAACGCCUCGGUGGCGGGAGUUGUCAAGCAAAGGCCUCAAUUGAUCAGCGAGGAUCAAACGGGCUCGGCGGCGGCAGCACAACUGGCACCUCAAUCAAAGACGAUUGUAGAGUUCUCAGUGGCGGCAGUAGGGAAUUGGGAGGUGUCGGCUCCAAGCGAGCUCUGUCGCACCUCGAUCGAAGAUGAAUGUAGAGUCCUCAGUGGCGGCAGUAGUUUAAGCGCCUUGAUCGAUGACCACAGAUCAAACGGAAACUUUGGGAGAUGGCUCGGUGGCGGUAGCCGUCGAGCAAAGGCACUUAUCGAUCUAAAACCACAGUGGCUCGGUGGCGGAAGCUGUCAAGCAAAGGCCUCAAUUGAUCAGCGAGGAUCAAACGAGCUCGGCAACGGCAGCAAAACUGGCACCUCAAUCAAUCAGCAAUGA